GAGAGGUUCUCGUCCAGUGAACAUGGGCUUCAGUGAUGACUUCGGCGGUGGAGGCCUGGACGACCAGAGUUUCACACAGAACUGCACACCUCCAGCGAUCGACGAUUUCCCAAAAGACCUGUUCACCGAAAGACAGAGGCAAGAUGGAGCCGUCGUCCUCCAUGUUAUUGCGUCCCUCUACCUGUUCGUCGCUCUUGCGGUUGUCUGCGACAAGUACUUCGUUCCCGCCGUAGAAAGGAUCUGCCAAGCUCUGAACAUGUCUAAUGACGUGGCGGGAGCAACAUUUAUGGCGGCCGCGACGUCGGCGCCCGAACUGUUCGUGAACGUGAUUGGUACGUUCAUCACAGAAGGAGAUAUUGGGGUCGGCACUAUCGUCGGCAGCGCCGUCUUCAACAUCCUGGCCGUCGCAGCGUGCUGUGGCAUUGGCGCCGGUAUUGUGGUGCCGCUGGACUGGUGGCCCCUCACGAGGGACUGUCUGGCCUAUGGAGUCACGGUCUCGCUCAUGAUUUGCAUCAUUCACGACGAAAGGGUCGAGUGGUACGAAGCCCUGACCCUAGUGCUGCUCUACAUCGUGUACACCGCAGUAAUGUAUUGGGACAAGUCCAUCCAGCGGUGUGCCAGGCGUCAGCUGAGAGAUGGAGCCAACAGAAAACCAUCGGCAGAUCCUUGUUCUGUUGAGGCUGGUGAGGCACAAAUGCCGUUACAACAGCAAAAUAGUGAAGAUGUGACAACACAGCAGCAACAGCAAAAUGGCAGCGUUAAAGGUGCUUCAGCUUUGAUGGUGGAACCACAGAUUGUGCUUGCAGUACAGCUGGAUAAUGACUCUGGCUCUGGAAUUCUGUCAUCAUCAUCAAUGUUCCACUGGCCCCAUGGAAAGGAGAAGUGGCGUCAGUUGAUAUGGUUGCUUGUUUGGCCAAUUCAUCUUGUGUUCCUUGUUACCAUACCAGAUUGUGAGAAACCACGUUUCAAACGUUGGUUUCCACUUACCUUCCUGAUGUGCAUUGUUUGGAUUGGAAGCCUAUCUUAUGUUGUAGCAUGGAUGAUCACUAUUAUUGGCGACACACUAAAAAUUCCAGAUUCAGUUAUGGGUAUCACAUUCCUGGCAGCAGGGACCAGUGUCCCAGAAGCAGUCUCUAGUGUGAUUGUGGCUAAACAGGGGCAUGGGUCUAUGGGAAUUAGCAAUUCCAUUGGCUCAAAUACAUUUGACAUCUUGCUGUGUCUGGGACUGCCAUGGCUCAUUAAAGCUUCAUUUUUGCCUACCACCGAAGGACAACACUUCGUAGGGAUCAAUUCACGGGGACUCGAAUAUAGUGCCAUAUCUUUAUUGUCAACUCUACUACUGUUGUAUGCCACCUUUUCGUGCAACAAGUUCCAACUGGACCGCAAGGUGGGCCAGGCCUGCCUGAUUAUGUAUGGAAUGUUUCUUGUGCUUGCAUCCCUUAUUGAACUCAAUGUUUUCUUUAUGGUGAACCUGCCAACAUGUGGACGGUGAACAUCUGUAAAGUGAGAGAUGUGUUGUGGUGACAUUUAAUGACAAGAGAGAACAGCUGAAUCUGAUGUUUGACCUUGGGAUUCAGCAUGCUCUUUAAAGAUACAUCUGUUUCCUCCCUGUAAAAUUGCAAUCAACUGAAAAUUAUCUGACAGCAGGAGCACAAACAUCCUACAAAAAGCCAAAAACAUUACCAUAAUUUUAAUUCUCAUGCUUUAACUCCAUGAAUUCAAGCAAUCAGAUAUAUGGAAACCAAACUUCAUGAUUAAAAUCCACUACAGCAACUUCAACUUCAUGAAACGAACCUAAUGAGAUAAGACACCAAUUUUACAAGUCCAGCUCAGUGAGAUAACCUCAACACCAUUAAUCCAAAUCGCAGAGAAAUUCUGAACUUCAUGAAUCAAAACUGACUGUGCUACCCUCAGUUUAAUGAAUUCAGCCCAUUAAAUUAUUUCUUAACUAAAUGAACUGAAUUCACUAAGACAGCUUCAUCCUUUUAAAUUCAACAUAAUAAGACAGCGCUCAACUUCAUUUGUCCAUGUCAUUGAAAUACUGAAUAAAAUGAAGUAAUGAAUACAACACUGUGACAGUCUCAGCUUCAUGAAUUCAGCUCACUAGGACUUUAUGAAUUCAGCCACCUGACAUAGCCCUCAACUUCACUAAUCCAUCUUCCUUGGGUACUUCCAUCCUCAUGAAUUUAACUAACUAGCAUAACCUCAUGUAUACAAAUCUAUAUCAUUGAAACAAUUCUUGACUUAUGAAAUUAAAUCCAUCAUUACAGCUACAUUCAACUUUAUGAAUCCUACCCACUGAGUAACGCUUAACUACCUAAUUCCAACUAAUUGAAAUAACCUGAACUUCAUGUGAUGAACAAUUUGAGAUAGUUCUUAACUUCAGGAAUUUCGUCCAUUUAUGCCUCAAAAUUUUUUAAUCAGUUCAUUCAGUCGACCCCUAAGUCCAUGGAUCCAAAUCAGAGAUAGCUCUUAAUUUUAUGAAUUCAGCCUAUUUAUAUAGCUCUGGACUUUAUGAAUUGAAAUCAGUGAGAUAGAUCAAACCAUGACCUUCAUGGCUUCAAUCCACUGAGAGGGUUCAAAUUCAGAAUUAAACUUGCUAUGGUAAUCCUCAACACAAUGAGGAGGCCCUCACCUUUAUGAAUUUACCAUUCAUGAAAACAUUACAAAACUCAACUUUCUGCUUCCAAUUUACUAGGAUAGCCUCAACCGUAUGAGCAAAAAAUAUGUCAGACAUGUAGUAUGACAGCAAUUUGUUUUUAUGGUUCAAGGAAAGUUACAUAUGAUUGACAGCGACAGAGUAGAGGAGAGAUCUGUGCGGUCUUUUCUUUCAAGUACUUCAUCAAGCUAUACAGGAAUUAUAUGAAGAGCACUUCCUUGCCAUCUCACUAGAAGAAUAAAGGAUUUAGAACUUCAGUUUUGUUUAAAUGCAGUCUUUUUUAAACCAAUCCUGAAUGUAUUUGACACUGUGCAAAUUUUUAAUAUGUGUGGUUUAGUAUGGAGACUAAGUUCCCUUUAUUUAAAGAAAUUACAUUUUAAUUAUGAUGCAUCUUGAAGUGACCCAGGCUUGCAAUAUUUUUAUAUACUUUGGCUACGUUUAUAAGUCAUAUUAAAUUAAAUAGCACCAUGGUGCUGAGAGGUGGGUUUAAAUUUGAUAUCAUAGGAUAGACCCAUAACAAGACAAGCAUUCUGCAGAACAUUACUGUGAGCACUUCCUUAAUUUAUAUUUCCAAUUGGACUGAAUAUAUGGUAAGUAUCUUGGUAGGACACAAUGGCCUGAGUUACACACUUCAGAAAUAUUACUUUGGAAUGGAAAGAAAAGUUUUAAGAUACUUCUGCAGGAUUUUAAUUGAGCUCAAGAUGUAUACAAAAACCCAAAAAUGGACAGACAUAUGUGGUUUUGUGUGCUACCAGAUGAAAAAAAUAUAUUUUAAACUAACAUUAGGUGUGUUUGGUAAACAGCUAACAUAAUAAGCAAAUUACUGAAUGUCCUUUCAAAUCUUAUGUGUAUGACAGGUGAAUCUGAAGUCAGCAUUGCAACUUAAUUCCUUAUUUGCCUCCAUCCUGAGUGCACUGUAUAUUUUGUUCAGAGAGGACUGAAAGUGUCUGGGGAAUUGUCUAAGGGAACUGAAUGAGUUAUUCUGCACUUACCAAAUACUGAAAUGUUCUGAGAACAAAUUGAAACAAAAUUUUGGCACUUGUUUAUGGAUACAUGGAUGAUAUAAUCGCACUAUACUCAGCAACUUUAUCUGAAUGAGAAAGUGUACAUGUGACAUAAAUGUUAAUACAAAGUUUUUAGUAUUGAAAUUAGGAGAAAUGUUGUAAAAUGAUAUUCUACAUUGUGACUUUGAGUCUCAGAGUUUAUGGAAUAAUAGACAUUUGCAAUUAUAAUCCAGUAUUAAAAUAAUGACAUAAUAAUUUACUGUAUUACAAAGUAGAGAUCAGAGCAGACACUCAUUGUGUUUUUCUUUAAGAAUAUGGAACUCUGGUACAGUUCUCCAAACCUUACAGUUUAUUUAUAAUCCAAGAAUAUUUUAUCUCCCAUAAUUGCCUUGAAAUAAAAUGUGAAACCUUUUGCCACUACAAAUUCUAAUCUAAAGAAGGCUCCUCAAACCCAUAGUUGAAUUUUUAUAAUUAUGAAUAAUCAAUGUAACAAACACAGUAACUGAAAAUGUUUGUUAAAAAUCAACUCAGAAAAUUUAUGACCAUGUUAAACCCAUUUUAUCCCUAUAAUAAGCUUAUAUCAUGGACAGAGGAAAAGACUAAGGACCAGUAAGUCAGUAGUAUUUUUAAAGGUGGUACUUUACAGAUAGUUUCAGGCCAUGCCUUUCAGAGUAGAGCACAAAGGAUUAACUGAAUUAGAGUUAACUCCCCCUUAACUAAUGUAGAAAGUGACGUUUUUAGGGAAGUUAGUUGAAAACACAAUUAAGAUGUUCAGUGUAAAAUUUGAGAUUUUCACACUGGUGACUAUGAAGAAUGUUGUCUUCUGGGAUGUGG